AUGCUCGCUUGCCCCCCGAUGCUGGGGCCCGCACGCCUUCAGGAAAGGUCGCCGGCGAGCCUUGUGCGAGGGAACGAAUGGGCGGUGGCCGUAGCCCUCAGUCCAUCACAACACCACGCCCGCACGAAGCUUCUCUCCCGCCCAACGUCCACCAUGCGCCAGGCCUCCGCGACCUCCUUAAGCACGCCCUUCUCGCCAUACGCUCCCUCCAACUUUUCCGCGCCCGCAGAAUCGAGAGGUACUUCGCCGAUGGCUCUGCGGAGCGCUGCGUCCAUGGCAGCCCCGUACAAUCCGCAGCAAUGGGGACGGAACGGGCCUACGGGAGGGACAUAUGUUCCGCAUUCGAGCCCGCAAUCAGCUACCGUACCGCCGAGGCAGAGGGAAUUGACCGGACUGGAGGCAAAUCUGCCGUCUCCUCCUCCACCGUACACUCCUGGACAAGCUCCCAUAGGUGCCUCUCCCCAUAUGUCCAGUGGAGCUUUUGCCCCCUCCCAUAACCCGUCUCCGAGCUCUGGCCACGGCGAAUAUCUACUGCAGCAUCGGACAUCGUCUGGAUCAGACUACUAUAGGUCACCGCCUGGUUUCGAUAAUAGGAUAUCAACGGCAUCCUCAGUACCUUCCAGUGCUUUGAACCCUCCCGGAACGCCCUCAUUUCCUCCCCCUCCCCCUCAGAGUCGUAGAGAUCACUCAGAGUCACGGCCAAGACCAGAAAAGCAGCACUCGCUCUUCAAUCUUUCCAGCUUGACGAGGGGCCGCGCUUCAGACAAUACCACGCCGCCUAGCGCCAUUGAAUCUCUGCGUAUCAGUACGAGCGAUGUACUAUCCCGUAAUUCGCUCAACCCCGGUCAUGGGUCAAGGCCGUCGCAGCCUCAAAUUUCGAUUCCUCCACCAGAACGCCGAUGGAGUCCAGACUCUCCAGCGAGAGCACCGGCCGCCCGCCGGGCAGCUUCGACAGGCGCCAUAGGCCUAGCAGGCGCAAGCGGUAGGACUCCUAUCGACCAUUCUCCAUUGCUCGGCCAAACUUGGGAACCGGGAAUGCCACUGCCUCCUCCGCCACCUGGCCCUCCGCCAAGCAAUUCGAGGUCCCAAAGCAUGAGCCGUACACCGAACUCCUUUACAAGAGGAGAUGGUCCAGUGCCUGCCCCUCCGACCAGACGACCUGCGCAGACCGGAACAAGCCUGACUCCCAUACCGCCAACUCCAAUAGGAUGGCAAGAUGAAGCUGAUCGAGCUCGGUCGAGAUCUCCUGCUGCUCAUGGCUUACAUCUGGAUACCACUGGCCACGGAUUGUAUAUGCCACGAGCCCAAGCUACUUCCAUUAACCCAGGGUCAGGGUCAGGGUCAGGGUCAGGGUCAGGGUCAGGGUCAGGAUCGGGAUCGGGAUCGGGAUCGGGAUCAAAUCUCGACCAAGCUUUGUCGUCCACACUCUCGUCUGGUGGUUUGGCGCGGACUCCAGCAAAACGUGAUCCGAGUGCCAGAGGCAUACGGGAACGACGGAGUGAAAGCCGCGCCGCACGUGAAAGGGCGGUGGAUAGGGCGGCAGAAGCACCCAGAGCUGCCGAGCCUAACAACAAUCCAUGGGCUAUCGAUAUGGAGGCUGCCUCUUCGAAGCCGGCUGAUUUGGUUCUAGCCAGCACGACAGAUGGUGCACUUAGCCGACGACGAGGAGCGGCGAAAGGCACUCCAAGGAGUGGACGAAACAUGUACUCACCUAGAGACGGGCAGACGCUGUCAGGAACCACGAGGUCAUAUGAUGACCUGCAAGAUCCAGGCUCCAAUAACUCAACGCCUAGAGUGGAGGUUAAUAGGAUUAGGUCUCCUGAGAUGUUUGCGCCAACGCCACCAUUCUCUCCAGGUGCCGACAGAUUCAAGCAAAGUAUUGUCCAGAGAGGUUCUCCAGCGAUACCACCGAAGACCCUUCCCACACCACCGCCUCAGCAUGUGGGGGAUGAAUACGGCUUGUCCGUGCCUAAACAACAAACCCCGCGGCCAAUUUCUCACAUACUGCACACACCGAAUAUGGAAGCUGGGUCGAUGCCUGCGCCACUUUCUCCAGCUCGUCCACCUUCUGCCCCGACCUCAGCUGGUCUGAACACCAGUACUCCUAAGCCCAGCGAACGGGAUCUGUUUGCUCAGUCAGCUAUCGAACGCCAUCGCAAGUUCAUCGAACAAGAAAUAUCAGCCCAAAGUGAUCAAGAUAGACUAGAACUCUUCGCGGAAUUCAUCGUGGCGGAGUCGAGGCUUCGGCGAGAUCGUUACUCGACCGCUUUCGAUGCGAUGGCCAGUGACAUCCUAGAUCUUACAAGGGAUAUGUGGAGGUCAUAUGGGAUUACUGGACGGCGCUCAACUACACCAAACGCAUCCGCUCUUCCGAGUGCAAAGUCUCCUGAUGCGAGAAUCAGCGCUCCGACCACUGCUGCUAGUCCUGCCUCGUCGAUGGCCAUGGAUACUCCACACACCGAACCGAGUUCACCAGCGAGCGCCUCAAGUCAAGGAAGGGGACGAGGAGAAAGUCAAGCAUGGAACAGCUUCCAGCCAUGCCUUUCCCCAAUUCCUAGUAUGACGGUCAGCACGGUAGCGGAGGAAGAAGACUCACGUGGAAGGUCGGCAAGUCGGUGGUGGGAAGCCAGCGCAGAUGGCUCUGACGGUCGAGGCGGCAAACGGAUCGAGCGAAGCAAGAGAGAAUCCAAAUACAUGGGUCUACCGCGAGAAGCACAAGAGCAUCUACAAUGGGAGGCCGAAGCGUCGCCGUCAUACGGCCCGGGGCCGAGCACCCAGCCGCACUCCUAUGGACCAGACGAAUACCCUCCUGAGAAGAGCGGGCUCCACGAUCUUUCAUAUCCGCCGUCCAGCCAUUCGUACAGUCUGUACUCGCAUUCCGCCCCCGCGACCCCGGAUCCAUAUAAGCUAGAUGUCUCGCGACUGGUAACGCUUCCACCGCCAUAUCCUCGCCAUCAUCCCGCCGUGAACAACAAUCACCCUGACCUUGCUUCAAUCCGAUCCAGUCUGCGGACACUUUCGGAUCUGCAAGAUGUUGCACCAAUGAAGGAGAACUUCGCUACCAAGAAUAAUGCACAUAGAGAGCAGGAACGGACAAACCUGUCAGAUAGACGCAACCAGCUUCGGUAUAAUAUUCAAGAAAAUAUCCGCACCGGUGCGAUGUCAUUCGCAGACGCAGCAGCCGCCGAGGCCGACUUUGAUGCACGGGAAAACAAACGAAGCCAGGACUUGGUUCAAAGUACUUUCGACGAAUUCCAGAAGGAGGUUGCAAGCCCUUUGCAUGCUAUGCUUUCGGAACGCGUUACAAAGAUAUCUGCGUCAAUUGAACAACUUCGCAGCGGCCUUUUCAACGACGCGCGGGAAUCAAAUCCUAAUCAGACUCAAGAAGAGGGUGACGAGCAGCCCGAGCUUUUGGAGAAGCUGACGUUGCUUAAAUGGCUCUUCGAAGCGCGGGAACAGUUGCAUCGGGAAAUGUUUGAGCUUGAGGACGAGCGAAACGAUCGCUACAAGGACAUCGUUAUAACGCCAUACAAGCAAGUGGGCAACGAUAGCAAAGUGCGAGAAGCCGAAAACUUCUUCCGGCGCGACGCACAAGACAGAAAGGUUGUGUUCGAGAAGGAGACACUCAAGCGAUUCGAAGAGUUCAUUGCCGUCAUCGAAGGGAACGUUACCAGAGGCGUCGAAAUCCAGCUUUCGGCGUUCUGGGACAUUGCGCCUGGCCUAUUGGCUAUCGUGCAGAAGAUUCCUAGCCAGUUGGCUGGGUUCGAGAUCUUGAUCCCGCCGCAGGAGUUUGAGGAGAACCCGGCGUAUCACGACUUCCCGUUGCAGUACCUCUAUUCGCUGCUCGCGCAUGCCGGGAAGUCGGCGUACCAGUUCAUCGAGUCGCAGAUCAACCUGCUCUGUCUCUUGCAUGAGGUCAAGACGGGCGUGAUGACGGCAAAUUCCCGCCUCCUGGAGACGCAGCGCUAUCUAGCGGGCGAGGACUUCGCCAGCGUGGACCGCGAGAUGAAGGCGGUGCGAGACGAGGAGGAACGACGGCUGACGGAGGACCUCAAGGAGAAGGUGGGUCUGGUUGAAGGGCAGUGGCGCGAGGCUCUCGGGCAAGGCCUGAACGACUGCAAGACGCGGGUCGAGCAGUUUUUGGUGGACGAGGGCGGGUGGGACGAGAGUUUGAGCGAUUGAUUGUUUCUUGCGCGCCAGAUACCCAUUGUUAGCAAGCGUCUGCUGUAGAGUGUUUCGCAGCCGAUCUCCUUUGGCCAUCGAAAAAGCAGCUGUCCACGUUUGUGUUGUCUGGAGAGCAGACCUGUUGGCCACUAUGUCGGAUAUAUCGCUCUGUAUAUAUUAGCUAGACGGUAAGCGGACCGCCUUAAUGCAUAGUCAAGCUGAGAACUCCUAAUAAACUGUCUCGCCAUCGAUUUGUGCACUCUCUUGUAGUUCUGGUGGGGCUGUUGAGAAACUUGUUGGUAUCAUGCCGCUAGGGUGCUGCUGAGGUAGCCCAACGAGCCUACAGACUGUUCAGAACGACGGGCUUUCAUCAUGGUCAGUCUUCGGGAAACACGUAGAAGCGCUUCAUGCAGGAACAGAAACGUGUACG